CUGUUACCCGUUGCAUCAUCUCGUCACCGGUUUGUUAGAAUCUUGAGGCGGUGUGCUCUCGGUAUUGGUAAACCCCGAUGAUGAUGAUCGCUCGCUUUCGAUGACGGUGAUGCUGAUGGUUGAUUGUUUGAUUCGUUUGGUUGGACGGUGUCAGCGAUUUUGGAACUUGGUGGGUUAGUACGCGUCGAGGGCAGAUGACAGCCAGCAGCAGCAGCACUAGUAGCAGUAGCCAAGUGCGCAGAUAGUGGUGGUGUUGUAACCCGGGGAGUAGAACAUCAUCCCCGUCCGUCCCAAAAAGUCAGUGUUGUACUUGUGAUGUUUGUGUAAAGCCGUGUGAUGUUUUCUUCUUGUUUUUCCGCGCGCUGUGUGUUUUUCGAGCUGCUGGCUGGCCUGAUCUGUUGCUGCUGCUGCUCAUAUGGUGAUGUGUUUUCUCGGAUGAAAAUGUGCGCGCGGUUUCUCUCCUCUAAGUUGUUGUAGGGCCUUAAUACUAGAUGCUUUGGAUGAAACGAGGCAUUUCGUGUUAGAACGCUGACUAAUGUAAACGUGCUAACUGUGGCUGAAGUGUGUUACUGGGGGUAUAGUGUUACUUGCAAAUUGCUGGUGGCCUCAAAGCGUAGUUAGGGUACACCGCGCCGCGCGUCUGCAACCUGCCACCUCCAUCUGUCCACGUCGCCUGUUCCAGAACCGCCGUGAGUGUGACACAGUGGUAAUUGAUGUUGAAGAGUUCCGAGUGCAGCAUCUAUGCCAAUUUUCCUCCGCCUAAUGAUCCAAUUACGCGCUCAGUGUACAAUUAAUGUAUUUGGUCGAAUUGACGUGACGUGUUUGCUGAUUGGAAACACAUCAGCCAGAUCAGCCAAGUGAAGAAGAGUCGGUUUGGUUUAUUGGUUCAGUGAAGCGCGCAGAGCAGUUGGCGGCGGUGAUCAACGAAAAGGGCGUGACUAUCACGCGCGCACACAUGUGACGCUUCGUGAAUUGUUAUUUUUUUUUUGUGUCUGUCGGUCAUUUGAAUGCGGUUACCAAAAAAGUGCACUCACAUAUCGCUCGAGUAUUUUGUUGUCCAUUGUCGGUAGGCAGUGAUCACUGUCGAAGGAAAGUAAAACAUACCGAGGAAAAAAGAUCGUAUGCAGAGCAAGAAGAGAAAGAGUAGUGAAAGAAGGGGCACAAUUAUUCCAAUUCUUGAAAAAAAGGACGGCACCACUCAACAUCUGGCCUCUCGUAGUCGUCGUCGUCGUUGUUGGCCUCCUCGUUCAGAUGGCAAUGUGAGUUUUCGAACCCAUAAACGUGUGUUUUGUGUGUUGGUUGGUUUUGUGCGCUAUUUUUAGAAUGUACUAACUUCAAAAACGCUCUUUUGCUUGCUGUGUGUAAAUGUGUUCUCUUCUUCUGCUGUUGCUGCUGCUGCUGCUGGCUAAUAUAUUUAUAUUAUGACCAUCAUGCAUUAAAAGACACCCCACAUAAUUGGGAGAGCGAAGCAGAAAACAGCAGAGAACUAUUGCCUGUGUGUUGUAUCUUGGUAAGACUUGGAGCGUAUUUUGUUUGAUUAUCUCAGCGACUAUGUUAUCAGCAGCAGGGACACAACGGAGAAAUAUUAGUAUAAGUCCCUGUUGUUACGGCUUCAACUGCUUCAGAAGGCGAUAGCAAUUUCCAUCAGCUCACUUAAGGCCAUCUCUCCACACUGCUUCAGAGUCGGGCAUUUCGAGAGCUGCAGAGAGGGCAUACAAAUAACAGCCCGAAAGGCAGACGAAGAACAAAUGCUGGAAUGAAUUGUCAUUGACGCGCCCACCGAGAAUCCCGUGCCAAAUCCUGAAAUAUGGAUGCGCCUUCAAUGGUCCAACGUGAAGGCGACAAACUGAUCGUGAGACGAGUUGUGAGUGGGGAAGAGGUUUUCCUUAACCAAACCAGCCCCCCGCCAUCGCUGACGGCCAAAGACGCCUACCAGCAGCAAGCCCCGAACCAAUCGUUGGCCGACAGUUUUAAGCUGCUCUCCGGCGAGGAAGAUUUGAGCAAAUUCGGACUGAUCCUAGAGGACAGUGCGGGCAAGGGUACCACCAGUGAAACGGGUGGUGGUGACAGUGUAGAGCCCCAGCUGCCCCAGUGUAAGAUCAAGCGAAACUAUUCGUGCAGUAGUUGUACGUACUUUACGCAGAAUCCCCGAAAAUAUCUGACCCAUCUGCGGGAUGUGCACGGCGAGAAGAUUGUUAUCAACGAGUGCAAGAGGUGUCUGUAUGCCUCGCGCCACUAUCAGAAGCUCGUGCGCCACAUGAAGAUGGUGCACGGCUCGACGGAUGGCAUCAAGACACCGUUCAGUUCGCGAAGACGUGGGACGUUCCGGAAGGAGCUGUUCAAGAAGAACAGAUUUAAAAUGAACACCAACCCGACCGCGAGUGAUUUGUACACCCAGAGCAGUGCGAACUAUAUCAACCAGCUGAUGAAGUCGGGACUGAGCAAAAUGUUUGAAAGUGCGGGGAGUGGCGGGAGGAGUGAGAAUUCCAGUGACAAUACAAUGUUUUAUCAAGCAAACUUCAAAUCGGGCCUAACACUGGCGGACCAGGCGCAGCAGUUAUCACCGCUGAAGGGCUCGUCAAACAUAAAUAUCUUCACUGAUAACGGCAGCACAUCGUCGCUCGGUUGUGUUGCUGGUGGUGAUUCAAGCAGUCAAGUAAACAACCAGGACGUGUUGGCCAUGCUGCAGCAUAAUUUGGUGGAUAACAGUAAGCAGCUCACCAUAACCCCUACCAGCAUGGGCAACGCGGCCACCGGCGGUGGCGCUGGAGAGAUGGGAAAACCAAAGAGGAAAAAUCGACCCAUUCCGGAUUUGAUACCGCUGCACAGUAUUGGCAAGCUGCAUUUGAGCGCGGAGGCAGGCAAGACGUACCACUUGAACCCGGAGGUCACGAUCAAAAGUCGUGUUGCGGACACCGACAACAACAACUCCAGCGCGACCAGAAAGGCGUUCGUUGUGGACGACGAUAGUCCCAUCAACUUGACGUCGGUACAAAACGGAGAGAGGAAUCUUUCGCAUCAGUGUAUCUUUUGCCAGAUCAUGGUUCGAACCACGGACGAUUUGGCGCUCCAUUUGCGGACUUUUCACAGCGAGGAGUUGUUUGCUUUGUUGCUGCAGAAAAAGCCGGAAGAACACAGUGAACACACCGAACAACAGGCCUACACCACGGAAAGCCUUACGAUCGAUAUCUGGAAAAGGCUUCUGGAGAACAACAAGGCCAUCCUGGAGGAACAGGAGGCUCGUGAAAAUGAUAGCGAUCUACACUCGGGUCAGUAUUCGAACGAUGAAGAUGAUGCGGAAACCGUCGAGUCAGCGAUAAGCAAGAAUGAGACGUACUGUGGUGUUGAGACCGCACCAGGAUACGGAGAGGUCACGAAAAAGAUCCACAUUGAGGACCGCGUAAACCAGUCCUCGAUUAUGAAGAAAGUCUUCAAGUGUCCGCAUUGUUCGUUCUGGGCAUCCACGGCGUCCCGGUUCCAUGUACACAUCGUUGGGCAUUUGAACAAGAAACCGUUCGAGUGCUCGUUGUGCUCUUACCGUUCGAACUGGCGGUGGGACAUCACAAAGCACAUCCGGUUGAAGACCAUCCGUGACCCCAGCCACAAGAAUGCUGGUGUUUUGAUGAAUGACGAAACUGGUCGAAGGAAUUACACGAAAUACAACCGGUACAUAACAUUGAUGAAGGUCACCGACAGUAGUUUCAAGGAUAGUACGUCAAACUCCAAAUCGAUGAUCGACAGUAGCCAGGCUGAUUAUCUCGCUAUGUGUAAAAGUGGAGAAUCUUCGGCUAGCUUGAGCAACCUAACGAAGAUGUACACCAGCGAGGAGCUGGCCCAAGCAUUCAAUUUGGCCAAUAUGAACCAAGCGGUCAGGUUCGAGCCAGAGAUGCUACAAACUAUGAUGGGAAUGCCAAAGCACUUGUCAGCUGAAGACUCGAAAUCGUCACAGCCAAAGGUAGCGUUCAAGUGUAAGAAGUGCAAUUUCAAGAAUCCGUUCCGGGAAGUGGUAUUACUCCACGUCAAAUCGACACAUUUGAGCGUGGAUAAAUCCAACACGGAAGCAGAGAUGGAAGUGCUGCCCUGCGAGGACCAAGACUCCGAUCCGAGCGAAAGUUCUACGGCAAAUAGUACGCUUAAUCCACUAUCCCCGCUAAGAACAUCAACAUCACCUCUGUCGGUUGUUAGUCCCAGAAACGAUAGCGGUAACAUCGGCAGUUUGACCGGUGCUUCCACCAGUGCUACUAUCAAUCCAAGUGCGGCCCCCGGUUCAACCGGCGGCUUCCAUAGUAACAAAUAUACUACUAACGCUACAUUAAUUGGUGUCGGAUUAAACUUUACUCAGGCUGUAGCUAAUGACAAUCGGUUGGGAACUACCUUCACUAUCAGUAAUACUAUCCCUAGUGUCGUGUUUGGUGGCGAGGUGAAUAGAACGGUAAACGGUGCUAGUGCGACUACCAAAACUAUCCCCACUAUCUGCGGUAGCCCCGCACCGGCUAGUACUAGCAAUACCAAUAGCAAUACUACCACUCCUCCCACUACUAGUAUCACUACUACUACCACAACGGGGGGAAAGGGGACGUCCAAUUCGUGGCGUCCGAGUGCCCCGUAUCGGUGCGGUCAUUGUCAUCAGGUGUCCAAUUGGAAGCAUGUCAUUCAGAGACAUUGUCGUUUAAAGCAUAACGGGAACGUGCUGAUCGAGAUGGUGAACACCGCCAAACCUACGCAAAACGUAACUGAUACACGCAAUUUGAAGAAAGUGAGAAAGCCAUUUCAAUCAUUCGACUCAGUUUCGCAGGAUAUCCCCGUACAGCCGGUCACGCUGCACCCGAUAGAGAUCGUCCCCGAGGUCAACAUGAUCGUCCAGGAAACGCCAUUCGUCCAAUCCCCUCCCCACACAAUUUCCUUUGGUAGCAAUAGCAGCAUCAGCAGCAACGAUCACCACCUCAGCGCUGUCUCCGUAUCGUCCACCCCGUUGUUGAGCCCAGCCGCAACAACCGUAACAUUCAUCAACUUAACCGAAGAAUCCUCUCUAGAAGCACCUCCGUCCCUACCGAUGCCCAUGCAAACCGACAGCGCCCCCACCAGUGAUGAUAAAGAGGAACUGGUCGAGCCCACUCCCCGGAUGAAGCGAUAUCAGUGCGAAGCGUGUCCCUAUGUGACGGACAGCAAGACCCAAUUUUCGUAUCAUAAAUCCUUCCACAAACCACGCGGUGAUCCGUACAAGUGCAACAUUUGUUCAUAUAAUGUCACCAAAAAGCACCUGCUGAUCCAGCAUCAGAAGACCCACGCAGAGAAGGUUAGCCCCACAGUACCAACUCCCAGUGUUACGCUAAUCCCUCCAACUGGGAAUGGUGAGCUUUCGCUGGUUAUGGGGAACGAAACCAAAUCCAGCGGACUAACCCCAGCGGAAAUUCUAGAUUUAACCAAGAAAAUGCGAGAUGAAGUAAGUAUAACGCCGGCUAGCGAAAGCACAGCUACGAAGAUGACGGUGGACGAAAAGAUCGUCUACUACUGUUCGUUCUGCCCGGCACGAUAUCUGGACGAGAGCGAAAUUGUCAUCCACCAGAAUCGGCACACGCAGAAAGAAAAAUAUCGCUGCGAACUUUGCUCUUUUUCCACGUGUGACGAAUCCACCGUAUCUACGCACAACAAUGUCCAUUCAAUACACUACCACAAAGGCACGGAGGAGCUCCGGAAGCACAAUAUCGAAAGCGACAAACAUCCGCGACCCAAGGUUAUCCAGGUAGGUACCAAGAAGACCUCCUGGGUGGUUGAGAAAGAUUACAAAAAACUCCGAACGGCACCAGCCAAAACGCCCGAACCAAACCUGCCACGUCCACGGAGAUCAACGCGAUCAAGAAACAACCACCCGAUCACUCCGAUCAUUGAAAUCACCAAGGAACCCAAGGUGUACAGCUGCGAGCACUGUGACUACACGGACAGCUCCGAGUGUUCCUUCAAGGAUCACGUCAAAUUCCACUUCUCGGCCAUACUAUUCCCGAAGGUGGACAAGUAUGCAGCAUUGGCGGAGUCGGAAGAACCGUUCAAACUGAUCGCCACCAUUGACGGGGACCCAAGUGAAACGUUCGAGCUGACCUACGAUUCGGAUGAUUCGGCUGGGAGUAACGCAAGCGAGUGCAACAGUACCGAUAGGAUAAUCAUAGAAAUUUAAGAAAGUGUGAGUGUGUUGCACCGCAUAUGCACACAUGCGUUUUUUGAUAUUAGAUAGUAUAACGCUGCACCAUAACUCACGCGUACACACACACAUAAAUACAACCAGUGCACAUAAAUUCAACACACCUGAAUUAUGAAUAUAAGCAAUUUCCUUUAAGUCAAAAAGUGAAGGUUCUUCGUAGUUUGCCAUUCAACCAAAAUUGGAACAAUGAGAAAAUCUCAGACAAGUACAAAUUGAGUAAUUUUUUGUUUUAAUAUCUUGUGUUAGUAACGAAAUUCUAGCUGAAUCAAACGUCAGCUGAGCCCUAUUUCUAGGUAGCACGCGGAUUUAGGGUAGAUAAAAGCAUGGUUAAUUGACUUCCCAGCGAUAAUAGUAUAGAGAAAAAACUAAAACUAUAAAUUAAAUUUAUGGGCCUUUAGGGGUAUUGUAAUUGUAUGUAGCUUUUGUUGUUUUUUUUUUUUUGUUAACUAUUAGACAGUUUCAGUAUAGGUUUAGUUUCAGCACAAAUCAACAAAAAACGCUUUAGCGAUCGCAUUUGAUGCGUAACUUGCAUGAUGCUUAGUAUUAUCGGUUUAGUGUAUCGCGCCAAGGAAGGAAGAAAGCAAAUCACGACGAAUUCCAUAUUACCAGUAAUAUUAGGACCAUAAUCGGAGCCAAAGUGUUAUCAAUCAAAAUUAUUUAAAUAGCUUAGAGAAUAGGUAGAGCUGGGAGAAGCUGUGUAGGAGUGUAGACGAAUUUAAGAGUACUGUUUCGGCUAUUGACAAGAAAUCAUAUGUGUCAUUCUAGCGUAAGGCGAUGUGGAGGUACAUGUGGAACAUUACGUGAAAUAAUUUUCGUUUGUACUUGUAAAUACGGAACUAGUGACAUAAGUUGUUGUUGAAUUUGAUUUAUAGAGGUAUGGCGUUGAAUAAAGUAGAUGGUUAUUUAUAAAAUUA